UGGUCAAACGAAACCGGUGGCGCCGGUCAACAGUUGAUAAACCCCCUCGCCCCUAUAUAUAUUUUCUCUCUCUUGAAAUCUCUCUCUCAUCUCUGUUGGGUUGGGUGGUUCGUCGCUCUGAAUAAUCUUUGAAUUGUUUUCUUCACAAAGCUUGAGUUUCCCUGGUGGAUUUUUCUCUGACAGUUUUACUUUUUCAUUGACAAGCUUGGUGCACAGAAAUGGCACAACGCUCACAUGUACCGAAGUUUGGCAACUGGGAAAGUGAAGAAAAUGUUCCUUACACAGUCUACUUUGAUAAGGCACGGAAGGGUAGAACUGGUGGGAAGAUGAUAAACCCAAAUGACCCCCAAGACAAUCCUGAUAUGUUUCCCAACAUCGAGCCUCCAGCUCAAGCUCCUCCAUCCGGGACCAGAACUGAACCAGAGGAACCACCAAGACGGGGAGCAGUAAGGACUGCACAUGAGCAUCAAGUAAGCAAGGAAGAUGGUGACCUUAGGCAGUUCACUGAAUCUCCCGCACGUAAUGACAAUAUGGGCAGGAGGGUUUCUGGGGAGUCAGCACAUCAACGUCAUGGGGGGCGUGGAUCAAGUUCUGGCCAACCUGUAAGACAAAGUGUUGGAUCUGAACAUAGCAUAGAACGGUCACCACUUCAUCCGCAUCAUCAAGCAAAGAUCGUGGGAAAAGGUAGUGCAUCUCCUUCCUGGGAAGGAAAGAACUCGUAUGAUGGUAGCCACGGCACUCCUGGAAGAUCAAGAUUGAAGCCUCGAGGCGAUGAGACUCCUGAUAGAGGUGCCGCUGUUCCAAAAUUCGGGGAGUGGGAUGAGAACAACCCUUCUUCAGCUGAUGGAUUUACUCAUAUUUUCAACAGAGUGCGAGAGGAAAGGCACACUGGGCCUGGAAAUGCACCAGUUGCGGGUAAUCAGCCAUCUUAUCCCAAUGCACGGAAGCAAAACAAUUAUCAGAAUACCAACAAGAGUUGCUGCUUUCUUUGAAUUUCCGAAAAUGUUGUAAGGCGUGAUCAAGCAAGCAAGCGAGACCUGUAUAUAGCUCUGAAGGCUUUACCUAUGCAGAGCUUAUGAUGAGAUAUGGAUUCUUUUCUUUUCCAUGCUAGUGUGCUUUUACUGUUGCAAUGAACUUGUGGUUAUGAUGAGAAAACAUCUCUUCUUCUUCUUCUUCUUCUUCUUCUUCUAUAUUUCUUGUCGUCUUCUUGAUGGUGGCUUUCAGCUGUAAGAAAACAAGACAGAUUCUUUUAUUUAUUCCAAUAUCUUGCUUUUCAUUUUUUUUUUCCCUGUAAGCAUUUGUAACAUUGUUUGCUAUUGUUUUGUGUUUAAGCUACUGUAUUUUUCA